UACUCAUUUCUGUGUCGUCGCGUGCAGCAGGCGGCGAACAAAUUUGCUCUAUAUGAGUAAAAGAGCACAAAGAUGAAAUGAGCAAUGGAAGUGGAUGAGGUUGCGUGUGGUAGUAAAGUCUCAGGCAUCGGAGGCUCUGGAGGUGAGGGCCAGCCGAGCGGAGCGGACCACAGGGAUGACCAGCUGGUUGGUGCAGGUCAAGUUCCACGGCCAACUACUUUAGCUUUGGCCCAACAAAACUUGCCUGUGAUUCCAACAAGUGACCUGCAGCCACAGCAGAGCCAUGCAACAAAUGUUGUACUGGGCUCUCAUGGUGCUGCAUUGCUCCAGUCACCCCUGUCAUGUUUGCCUGUGUGUUCUGUGUUGCCACCUCUCAACACAUCUUCUGUGUUGACCUCUCCACUGCAACUGGCUGCAAACCUCCCGCAGGAAAGCCAUUGCACUGUUGCUCUGACACCAAUUACACCCACUCUUACAAGUGUAUCUCUUUGUAAUGCUCUCCCAAGCAUUCUAAAUCAGCCAAAAUUCACUUCAUCUCAUCUUUCCUUUACUCCACUUACCCCCACAACUUUAAGCCCAAGCACCCCUAGCUCCAACAACACAAAUGAAACGUGUACCUUCUCACCAGGCCAAAGUUCCUCAAUUUCUGCCAUCCCCACUAAUUAUGCCAGAGAGAGCUCUUUAACUGAUGCAAACCCAACUCAUCUUUCAAAUUUGUACAACAUGCAAUUGGAUCUUGGUGAGUUAUCAUCUCAAGAAACCGUUUCAGAUUUUGGGCAAAGUUCAGGAUUUCUUACAUUUCAGAAAAAUUCUUCUGCUGCUGACUGUCAUCCUGAUCAGUAUGAUCCAAUACAAGUAGAUGGUAGUAGGUGUUUUGUUCCCAGAGCUUUGAUGCCUCAUAUUUAUCAGGUCAUUCAACGUCACAAGGAACGUGAUCAGAAUGCUUCUCCUUAUGGUGCUUCAGUCCCCUUGCACAGUUCAAAGAGCUUGCCACUGCACUCGUCUCUUGAUGGUGCAACGGUAAGAACCUCUCCACUGCCUCUUUCUAACACAAACAAUUUUUAUUCAUCAUCUUCACAAACGAAUACUGCUCAAUAUAAUCCAAUCAAUGUCAAUGCACUAGCUGGUGGAAGUAUUCCUAUAAGAUUUGUAGACACUACACCUUCAUUAUCGUCAGAACUGCGUUCAAACUCGUUGCCAUAUUUCCCACUGCGCCCUUAUACUCCAGGAAGCAGCAGUACUUCAACCGCAGGACAUUCUUCCUUCACUCCCACUGGACCUUGUACUACAAAGAGCUCCUGCUCUUCAUCGACAGAAACCCUCUUUGCCUCUGCUCAGAAUAAUAAUUCUUCCAUAUUUUUCAAGGGUAGAUCAUUUCCUGAAAUUGAAAUGGCAUUGUGUGCCAGCAACACCACUUCUAAUACUAUCAACAAUUGCAAGUGGCAUCCAGAGCAUGAGGGCUGCGCCAUUGAUCUUCGUCUGACAUUGCCUCCUUCACCUCCUCCAGCUCGGAGUAGUGAUGAAUCUUCUCAUUUUUCUCAAGAUGAUGAGACCGCUUCCAUCAGAACUUCAGACAUGGAUGAUUCCAUCAGCGAUACUGAAGAAGGUAACAUAGAAAAUUCUCCUGUGAGUCGUGCUCAGCAAAUGAUGCCUGCCGAAUUAUAUACGUUCUCUGAUAUUGAGUAUGAACCUGUCUACGAUGAGUAUGAGCCGGUGUCAGACAAUGAAAACAAUGAUCUACCACUUGCGGACAACUCUGACUCGGACAUUGAUACUAAUUUUGCGGUUGCUGCAGUAGCAGCCAUUAGCUCUGACUCGCAGCUGUCCGAUGAGUUUGCUGACCAGUCAGGACUUGACUCUGAUGCUGCUGACCUUGAUGAACUUGACAUGGCUAGCUUUUUCAUUGCAUAUAAGAAGAAAGUGACAAAAUCAAAAGGAUCAGAUCCUUUUAGUCUCAGCAGCGCAGAUUCUGACUUUGAUCCUGACUUCCACGCUGACCGAUGGAAAUGUCUAGAAUGCAACCAAUCAAACAACCGCAGCUUUUUCCGAUACUGUGAGAAGUGCUGGAAGAUGCGCCGGUGCUGGCUACCUGAUCCUCCCAAAAAACGCAAAAAACGAAAGCCUCGACAUAGACCUCGGAAGCGCCGCAGCAACGGAGGCAUCUCCAGUCGAGAUAAAAGUGCAGACAAGACGCAGGCAGCUGGCAGUGACUGUGCUACAGCUGGCCCAAGCAAAGCGGCAGUGAACGCUUGUCUUGAUGAUCCUGCUUGCUCUGCUCCUGCUGCUAGCUCUGCUCCUGCUGCUAGCUCUGCUCCUAGCUCUGUCCCUGUUACUAGCGUUGCACCUGCUCCUAGCUCUGCACUUGCUGCUAGCGCUGCACCUGCUGCUAGCUCUGCAUCUAUAACAGGCUCUGCACCUGCUACCAGCUCUGCGUCUACUUCUAGCUCUUCACUCGCUGCCUGCUCAACGUCUGUUCCUAGCUCCGCAGCUACUGCUUGCUCUCAUUCUUCUGUUAUACAAACCGAAGAUGGUAAACCUUGCAAAACUUCAGCCGUGAUCGAUAGUUUCUUGCUACAAAAAUCUGAAAUUGCAACUACAAUGAACGUGGCAGACUAUGAUGGUGAGCCACCCACAGGCAAGAAAGACCAAGUUAAUAUUGCUGCUUUGCCCUCCGAAGCGUUGGGGUGUGUCAAAGUAGGCGGUGACGAGGUCGUUUCAGAAAAUUCAUCAACUGCUAAUUGUUCUGUUAGAAACUCAGCCGAUAUGAGCGUUACUCGAGAGUUGAUGAGAGAAGCAGCUGCCGUAGCGGUAACCAAUGCUUUUGAAGUGCUUUCUGGAAAGAAUUUUGGGCAACUUGGAAUUGAUGUUAUUGAUGGGGUAGAUUCUCCUAGACAAAACGAGCCUCUUAGUGGAAUUGAAGGGAGGAUAUUUGGCGUGCCAGCAAGCGAAAAAUUUUCCAUGUUAACUAGUGUGUACGAGAAAGAUUUCACAAACCCUUGCCUAAAAGUUAUUAGUUUGGUCAGAAGUGAAGCUUUGAAAUCUCUUGAAAAAUAUUCUGCCAAUACCACCAGAAAUUUUCCAUCAAGCAUAAUUGAGUCCAGUUCUGCAUCUGGGAGCCUUUCUCAAAACUCAGCUCAUGGCUCUCCACAACCUAUGGUUAAUGGUGCGCUGCAUCUUGAAUCGAUGGAAGCUGUGUUCAAGCCGGCUGUGGCUGAAAUUUCAGAUGACAUCAAUGAUGAAAGUUUUGUAGGACUUGAGCGAAGUAUGUCUACAGCUUCCACUGUGAUUUUGGAUAAUGAAGACACGCAGUUCUUGAUAGACUCUCACGAUAAAAUCCAAGGUUCCAUUAAUGCUAUGGCAAAUCAACAAAACUUUGAAAGUUCUUACACUUUGAACGGUGGAAGCUGUGAGGCCAUGCUAAAUAAGAUUUUACAGAAUAAUAUUUUGUGCAGCAUGCAGAAGCAUAUAGACAACAUUGAAGUUCUUCUUGACCACUCAGAAGUGCCAGAAAUGCACACCGGAGCUUUCGGUAAAUCUGAUCGAAGAAAUGCGGGGGAUCUUUCUAUCUCUAUUGAUCUCGACCGCUGCUCAACGCAUUCUGCCCCUGAAUCCGUUGUUUCCGUGGUAGAUUCGGGAUUGGGCAGCAGUCAGGAUUUUAAUCAAGAGAGCUCACAGGACUUCCCUGAAGCUUCUGUUUCUAAUUACCGCUCUACCAUCACAUUAACUUCCCCCAAAAAGAACUUUACAUCCCCUACGAAGAAAGGAGGCCGUCGUUGCCGCUCUAAUGCUUCAAGCUCUCGUGUCGAUGUCGUUGAUGUUGUUGUCGAAAAACUUGAUGACUUCUCCGGCAUCAAAAGGAAAAACAUGUUCCCUGAUGUAAGUAUUCCUAGGAAGAAAAGGAACUACUCAGACAACCCAAUAACCAAGUACCUUAAUGAAGGAUUACACUUGGUGGAUGAGCACACGGAUGUUAUGAAGCUGCCUGAGAACCAUACUGUCAAAAUAAUAUCAAAUUCUUUGGUAGAAUUCUUGCGAUCAGAUGACGGCAGUAAGUGGAUGUCAAGCGACCGUGGACGUUCUUGGAUGAGUUCAGCCCCUGUGCAAGCUAUGUUGCUCGACUCUCUUUUGCGGUCCUCCAAUCUAAAUACUUGGAGAGGUGGUUCUUUCGCUGACAACCUCUGCAUCAUGUGCCAAGAUAGACCCAAAGACGCAGCGAUUAUACAUGGAAAAAUAUCGCAUCAGGCCACGUGCUAUCGGUGCGCCAAGACUCUCUUCAACAGGAAGCAGAGAUGUCCUGUUUGCCGUCGUAAAAUCUUGCGCAUAGCUAAGAAUAUAAUAGCUUGAAUCCAUCAUUUUUCUUAAGAAGUUAAAUUGUUUUUUAUGGUUACUGUUUUUCUUUUGCUACUCUCUGUUUCACUUCCAAAUUUUGCUCGUCCCAAAUGUAUCUUAUUUGUCUCGAUUGAAUUAUGAUUUGAAGUCACAUUGUAAGAACGGAAUAUUAAUGAUAUUUACUUCGAAUUCCAGCACAUGUAAAGCUUGUUUGAAGUUGUAAGUUCUAGAUUUAUGCUGAAAUUAUUAAUAUAUUUCGUACCAAUGACAGUCUGUCGAUUGGAUCAGUGAUUAAUGACUUGAGAGAACCUAGUCUUACAGCAUCUGUUUAUUUCUUGGCCUAAUUUAAUGCGCGUCAUGAUACUGAACGAACGGCUGUUACAUUCUCUCCUAUUUUAUAAAUAAAUUUUCUUACUUGACUCCAAACUUCAAAUGCGCAUGUAUUGCGAGGCGCAUUUUGACGUCGCACUGAGUUAUCUCAGUGAUGAUUGAUGACUCGCGUCUCGCUGGACUUAGAUAACUUAAUUCUGUCGCAGUCAAACACUUCAUUCAGCUUUGGUUCCGUUGCUGUAGCAUUUGUGGGAUCUGGGAUCUCGUGGGAUCUGACCGGUAUCGUUUCAUUUAUAUAAAAAACACAUUUCUAUGUUUCUGCCUGAUUUGGAUUGUUUCCACUUGCGUUUUUCAUUUUUCUUAACGUGAAUGAAUUCUCGUGUUGAACUUUAUAUGAUGCAACUUAGUACACGUGCAGUGCUGUCGGUGCUGAGAUGAUAGGAGCUAGCAGUGGGUUCGAGCCUUGUGAAGCUCAGUUCAUUUCUCAGACUCGCUGGUGCGCGGAGCUUGACAGCCGGCGAAGUUCAGAAUGUUCAGAAACUCAACAUUAGCAUGGUGUUGAGUUUGUGCCCAGAACAAACUCGGGGUACGCGUCUACUUGGGACUGAAAUUAGCGUUAGAGUUGAACUUUUUGGCACUUUUGCUUUUUGAGAGUUUUUUAUUUUACUAGCGUUUGCUUUAUUGAAAUGACCGCUGCGAGCAAGUUACCUGAAAUUUUAUGACACAAUGAGCGUAUAUCAGGUAAUAAACCUUCGUUUUUCGUCAAGGAUUGGUGGAGUUGGUGCGUGAAUGUAAAUGUACGAUAAAUCUAUAGUAAUCGCAUUAGGUUCCUGGAGCUGGGCUGUGGUCAUAGAUGUGGUGUAGAGUUAAGUUCGAGCUCGGUUGGCUGAUAGAUAAGUUUCCCUAACGAGUUGGUGGGCUAGUGGUGCUUGUAUAUCGCCAACCGGACUCGUUUUUUCUUAAUGGCAAUACUGAGGGCAUCGUCGUAUGGUAUAUAAUAGGAAAACCUAUGCAUUGUAUAUGUCAUAUACUCGUACACAGUUACGAGCCAUUUUACAUCGAAUCGGUAAAAUCGCGAGAAGAAACUUCUUUGGCUUCUGUCUGACCAACUCGUCCGAAUUCUUAUAUUCUUUUCUCAUUUCGAGAGUAAUUUUCCGUUUCAUUAUAAGGAAAGUAUUUUGUAUCUUGCCAUUCGAUUUUUAUAAUAUUUUUUCUCUUGCAUACUAGUAAGCAACUAAUGAACAGCAAAUGGUGCCUAUAUAGUCUGUUUUAAUCAUAUUUACUGUUCGUGUUGGAAGCAUUCUGACUAAACUGAUUUGCCUAAGUGUGGGGUGUUGCAGAGUACGAAUCUUUCUUCAGCUUAGUGUAAAUACUAUUGUACUUGUGUGUUAAAACAUGUAUAUUUUCAGGUACGUACUACUUUGUUCUUGUAGAGGAAAAUGUACGUAAAAUGAGAUGAUAUUGAUCCCUAACGAUGCGUUUCUGUACUGAAGUCAACCAUUCUUUACGACACUUACUAUGCUUUGUGAAAUUAAUUCCAUUUUUCCCUGGUUGAGCUUGUAGUAAAUCAGUUUUCUUAACCAGCCCAUCGUCUUACAUUGAUGUAUUCGGGGACGUUCGGUCAAUUUGAUUUUAUUCUCGACUCACAAAAGGUAUACGUUGAUCAGCUUGGUGUUCAGGAAAUAUUUUCACAUAUCUUUUCUGGAAUUGGUCCAAAGAAGUUAAGUGUAAGUGGGACGUUGCUUCAAUGUUCAGAAACUUCCGUUCGAACUUGUGUGUUGACUAUCGGCCAGUUGGUUUACUGCUGAGCCUCUGUUACUUUAUUUCUAUUUUCUUUCCAGAGAAGGCGGUGAAGUUGUAUUCAGUUGACGGAAUCAUUAAGCUCAUUUUGAGGACGUCAUCCUUGAGCUACAUUCUAAAAUGGCUUGAUCAUAAUUUUAGCUCUACUUGUGCUUCGGUUGUUUCCACAUAUAGGAGAAAGCUGCACGGAUGUCAACUCUGGCGAAGCUCCUUGUACAUUUUUUAUCAACUAUGUUUCAAAAUAUCUGCAGAAAAGCUGUGGCGGGGAAUUUGAUGAAGGAUUUACAUAUUAAAGUAAUCAUGCUUGCAAUUGAUCAGGAAACUGAACAUGCUUAGCCCAUCUCCGAGUAUAACGGUAUGUCUUCGGACAUGCCACCGUAGACUUAUGCAAAUGAAAGCGUAGUUUUUUAUUACUAUGUGUAAUCUUAGUCCUGAUUAUACACCCCGUUGAUGUUGCUCUCGCGUUCAGGAUAACAUAAUAUUCAUGCGUGAAUUGUAUUUAUGUUGUGAUGUUUUCUCUUGAACCAUUAUGCAUGGUUCCCCCACUUGCCCUGACGUCGUUUUAUCAUCUCGCACGUAUCGUGUGGUUGGUAAAGCUUCUUUCAUUUGGCUGUGCUUCAUGUCAAUGGCCUCUUUACGUACUAACAAGCAAAUAAUGGUUCA